UGACGGCGGGCGGCGGGGCCAUGGCGGAACGGGUCCCGGCCUGGGCCGGGCUGUACGACACCACCUCGCUCCUGCAAUACUGCAUUGAUGACCACCUGUCGGGGGCGAGCAUGGAGGUGGACGACCGCGUGUCCGCGUUGGAGCAGCGGCUGCAGCUGCAGGAGGACGAGCUGGCCGUGCUCAAGGCGGCGCUGGCCGACGUGCUGCGGCGCCUCCGCGCCUGCGAGGAGCAGGGCGCUGCGCUCAGGGCCCGAGCCCCGGCCAGGGCGGUGGGCGCCCUGCGCUUGGGGGCCGCCACAGUGUCCCAGCUCCUCAAGGCCCUUCCCGCCAAGUCCUCGCUCAACUGCACGGCCUCCCCGCGUCGUCCCGGAGGCUACGCCACCUCGCCCUCCUCGCCGAAGAAGGGGGCCAAUGCCGGGAGAAGUGUCCGCCGCUGCCCGUCGCCGGAGCGCCUGUCCUCCGUCCGGCGCGAAGACCCGCGCAGCCGGACCACGUCGUCCAGCAGCUCCUGCAGCGCCAAGCGGGAAGGCAAAACCAAAGAGGUGAUUUUCAGCACCGAGGAUGGGGCUGUGAAGAUGUUCCUCCGCGGCCGCCCCGUGCCCAUGCUCAUCCCCGAUGCCCUGGCGUCCACCUACAGCCUCGACGCCAAGCCCGAGAUGCCCUCCCGCCGCUUCAAACUGGACUGGGUCUAUGGGUACCGGGGCCGGGACUGCCGUGCCAACCUGUACCUGCUGCCCACGGGGGAGAUCGUGUACUUCGUGGCGUCCGUGGCCGUGCUGUACAGUGUGGAGGAGCAGCGGCAGCGGCACUAUCUGGGCCACAACGACGACAUCAAGUGCCUGGCGGUGCACCCGGACAUGAUAACCAUCGCCACCGGCCAAGUGGCCGGGACCACCAAGGAGGGGAAGCCACUGCCUCCGCACGUGCGGGUCUGGGACUCGGUCUCCCUCUCCACGCUGCACGUGCUCGGCCUCGGAGCCUUUGACCGUGCCGUCUGCUGCGUCGGUUUCUCUAAAUCCAACGGGGGUGGCCUGCUGUGCGCCGUGGACGACUCCAAUGACCAUAUACUGUCUGUGUGGGACUGGGCCAAGGAGCAGAAAGUCGCCGACAUCAAGUGCUCCAAUGAGGCGGUGCUGGUGGCCACGUAUCACCCCACCGAGCCCGACCUGAUCAUCACCUGCGGGAAAUCCCACAUUCACUUCUGGACCCACGAGGGCAGCAGCCUGAGCAAACGGCAGGGCAUCUUCGAGAAACACGAGAAGCCGAAGUACGUCCUGUGUGUGGCCUUCACCGAGGAGGGGGACGUAGUAACCGGAGACUCGAGCGGAAAUCUCUAUGUCUGGGGCAAAGGUGGGACCCGGAUCACCCAGGCGGUGGUGGGCGCUCACGAGGGCGGCGUGUUCGGGCUGUGCACCCUGCGGGACGGGACACUGAUAUCCGGGGGCGGGCGGGACCGCCGCGUGGUGCUCUGGGACCGAGACUUCCAGAAGGUGCAGGAGUCGGAGGUCCCAGAGGGGCUGGGGCCCGUGAGGACGGUGGCCGAGGGCCGGGGAGACACUCUCUACGUGGGAACCACCCGAAACUCCGUGCUGCUCGGCUCCGUGGCUGAAGGUUUCUCCUCCCUCGUCCAGGGCCACACGGAGGAGCUGUGGGGUCUGGCUGCCCACCCCAGCCAGGACCGGUUUGUGACGUGCGGGCAGGAUAAACAGGUCCACCUGUGGAACGUGGAUACCCACCGGCCCAUCUGGAGCAAAACCAUUGAGGACCCAGCCCGCUCAGCUGGCUUCCACCCCAACGGGUCCGUCCUGGCCAUCGGCACCGUGACUGGCCGGUGGAUGGUGCUGGAUGCGGAGACCCACGACCUCGUGGUCAUUCACACGGAUGGCGGCGAGCAGAUCUCCGUGGUCAGCUUCUCCCCAGAUGGGGCGUUCCUGGCCGUGGGCUCACACGAUAACCUGGUGUACGUGUACGCCGUGAGCGAGGAGGGUCACAAGUACAGCCGCGUGGGCAAGUGUUCGGGUCACUCCAGUUUCAUCACACACCUGGACUGGGCCAGGGACAGCAGCUGCUUCGUCACCAACUCCGGAGACUACGAGAUCCUGUACUGGGAUCCUACCACGUGCAAGCAGAUCACCAGCGCCGAGGCGGUGCGGAACGUGGAUUGGGUCACGGCCAGCUGUGUGCUGGGCUUCGGCGUGUUCGGGAUCUGGUCGGAGGGCGCCGACGGCACCGACAUCAACGCCGUGGCCCGUUCCCACGACGGCAAACUGCUGGCGUCCGCCGACGACUUCGGAAAAGUUCACCUGUUCGCCUACCCCUGCUGCCAGCCAAGGGCCCAGAGCCACAAAUACGGAGGCCACAGCAGUCACGUGACCAACAUCACCUUCCUCCACAAUGACCGCGCGGCCCUGUCCACGGGCGGCAAGGACACGAGCGUGCUCCAGUGGAGCGUCGUCUGAGGGGGCCGGCCCGGGCUGGGUGUGGCGGGGAAACUGAGGCAGCUACCGCGGGGGGGGA